UAAAUUCUCUCUCUUAGUUCCUGCUCUUCCUGCCAGACUAUCAAGAAGCACAAGUAUCUCAUCAGCAUCAAAUCAAUUCAUCUAGGCCAAAAGCCUAAGAACCUGCAGCCACAAAAAUAAACCAGGGAAGAAAAAAGUACUGACCCUUCUGGACCAUUUACAUACCAGACCAGACAGUAUCAGCGAGAAGAGAGUAUAGACAAAGACCAAGAGAUGAAAGGGAAGAGGUUAUACAACAAAAUGGCUCUAGAUGUUGAGCUGAAUGACCAGCAUCUCGACCAACAUGAAGACAGCAAUUCUUACCACCGUGUUGUUUGCAGCCGUUGUGAGUGCAAUAUCAGAAGAAACUUCUGGUGAUGAUGACGCUGGCAUAUGCCCAGGAGACUAUAUGAGAAAGCACCCGGAAACCUACGCAGAGAAGAAGAAACUUCUUAAAAAAUAUGGUUUCCCUGACUUCAGUAAACUGAAAGCAUGUUCUAGUGAUGACCAAUGUGACAACAGCAGGAAAUGCUGUAGAACGCCAUGUGGUAUGAAAUGCAUGCCACUCAUUUAUGAGAGCAAUGUCAUGGAAACAAUGGAGCAAGUAAUGAAAGAAAUAGGCAGAGGACCCGAUAAUGCACCAUAUGAGCCUACAGAGGAAGACAAAAAAUAUGGAAUGUGUCCUGAUAAUUAUAUUAAAACACAUCCAGAAGUCAAAGAAAAAUUUGAAAAGAAAAUGGAUCAUCACCGUUCACAAAAACAAUGUAAACACGGUGAACAAUGUAACGGAGAAAAUUCACAUAAACAAUGUAAACACAAGCAUUUCAAUAAUUACAUGAACAAGACUGACUGCUCAGUAGAUGGGGAUUGUAGCAGUGGCAUGCGGUGUUGCAGCACAAUGUGUGGAAAGAAAUGCAUGAAGGCAGUAUUCACUAAUGAAGAUUUAAAAGAGUCACUUUUUGGCAAAAAGAAAGAGAACAGAAAGAAGAGAGAUGCGGCAGAUGAAGAUGAACUAGCCAUGGAUGAUGACAAUGAAAUGGAACAUGGCAGGGGCCAUGGAAAAGGAUUAGAACAUGGAAGGGGCCACAGGAAGGGAUCAGGUCAGGGGAAAGAAGGAGAUCAUGGAAUGUGCCAAGGUGAAGAGUGUGGAAAGGGACACGGAAGUGAAGCAGAGCAUGGGAAGGGACGUGGUAGAGGAGCAGAGCAUGGGAAGGGACGUGGUAGAGGAGCAGAGCAUGGGAAGGGACAUGGUAAAGGAGCAGAGCAUGGGAAGGGACAUGGUAAAGGAGCAGAGCAUGGGAAGGGACAUGGUAAAGGAGCAGAGCAUGGGAAGGGACGUGGUAAAGGAGCAGAGCAUGGGAAGGGACGUGGUAAAGGAGCAGAGCAUGGGAAGGGAGGCAGGAAAGGAAAAAAGCAUGGUAAAGGAGGCAGGAAAGAGGUAGAGCAUGGAAUAGAUCAUGUCCAAGGACAUGAGGAUGAAGUUCAGGAAGAACUCUUCAGGAAAAAGCGUUCCCUGAAUUCACUGGGAAAUGAACUUGGUAACACUCACAGUAAUGAUGAAAUGCAAGAAGAAUUAAGCAAUGGAAAAGGAAAGGGAAAGGGAAAAAAGAAGGGCAAAGGAAAGAAAAAGGGAAAAGGUGUCUAAGAAGCGUAAGAACCAUAACAAUGAAAGAAUGUAACCAUAUCCUAUAUUUAGUACAUAAACUUCUUGAAUUUUUCUGGUUAAAAAUAUUCAAGCAUUAAAACAUAAAAUGAA